ACUGAUCUGUCAAAUUCUUUUCAGAACACGCCAGCUUCAGUGCACGUGUAUUCUUUGGUUUUAGCUCGAUAUCUAAAGCAAAAUGGACAAGCCCAACGUUCUUGCUCGUGUGGUGAAGGUCCUUGGCCGUACCGGCUCCCAGGGACAAUGUACCCAAGUGAAGGUCGAGUUCAUCGGGGAGACGAGCCGUCAGAUCAUCCGGAAUGUGAAGGGACCCGUGCGUGACGGAGACAUCCUCACCCUGCUCGAGUCUGAGCGUGAAGCAAGGAGACUGCGAUAAACGAUGUCGCUGCUUAGUCUACAUUAGGUUAAUCCUUAAUAAAUAUAAUAUUAAUAAUAAGCCUUUUUAUUCUACUUUGCCUCUUUGCCUCUAGGCUCGCUAUAAUACAAGUUAUCCGUAUGAUAUUAUGCUAAACAUCUAUUAAGAAACCGUCAAAGAUGACCAUCUCAAUGUAACCAUCAAGCUUGUGAAUACAUAUUUAACAUUUAA